CAUGACUUGUAAAUAAUAAAUAAUGUUUUAGUGUUCUACCUAAUUCGCGAUUAACAUGCCAUAUACGAUCUAAUGUUCAAGUAGUAUGGUAUUUUAUCUAUUAUUUUGCUAAUCGAGAAGUUAUUCAUUAAUAUAACAUGUUUUGAUAAUUUGGAAAUAAAUCUUGGCGAAUUUCUGCCAUUGUUUUUGAUAAACGGUUUUGGAUUACUGCAGAGGGACACAGUUGCAUGUAGGACAAUGUUGACUGUGGAAGGAUUCCAGUACCAGCUCUAAUUUUAAGACGUACCUACAGCAAGUGUACAAUGACUAACACACCAGUUACCCAGAAGAUGAACACGAUGUCAGGAAAAAGACGAAAAGCGUUCAUAUUGUACUGUGUGUGUGUGCUAAUAGUUUCCUUACUGGCUGUAAUAGAAAGUAUUUACAGAUGGCACGGAGACAGCACUGAGCACGAUUCAGAUUUACUGUCAGCAAGAAACAAAAGGGAAUACGCAGCUAAAGUUUGGCAAACGAAAAAUUAUUCGGCUGAUUCUGCGUACAAUGCCAGUGCUGAAAACACUCUGGUACCCGAUCUUAGCUUUUUGCAUAAGAGAAAUGCGAAUGAGAGGAAUAAACCAAUAUAUCUUAAGGAUAUAUUUCCAAAUAUUAAGUAUCCACCAUUUCAGCCUACCGUAGAUUCGGAUUUUCCAACUACAGACGGAAAACCAAGAAUUCCGCACAUAAUCCACCAAACGUUCAGAUCUGUUAUGUUACCUUAUAAUUAUGCUAGAUAUGCCAAAAAGUUAUAUGACAUGAAUCCAUCAUGGCAAUACAUGUUUUGGACAGAUGAUUCGGCACGAAGAUUGAUAAAAGACAGGUAUCCAGAACUGCUCAAUGACUGGGAUAGUUUCAAUAAAAGUAUAAGUAAAGGUGAUUUUCUUCGUUAUGUUGUGCUAUAUGAAUUCGGAGGAGCGUAUAUUGACUUAGAUGUUAAUCCUGUAAGACCACUAGAUCGAGUGACUAUGAAAUACUCGUGUAUUAUUCCAACAGAACCGUUCGAACAUAAUGUUUUUAUUUGGAACACGCAGAUAUUCAUGAACAAUGCAAUAAUGUUUUGUAGACCAAAACAUCCAUUCUUUAAAAAACUGCUAAACAAUAUCAAAGAUACUUUGAAAAUCAAAGGUGUAACUGAGGGAACAGGUCCAGGAUUUGUCACCAGAAACUUCAUCGAAUAUAACGGUAUUGAUACUCUUGAUGAAAAUAGAACUAAAUCUGAAUUUACCAGUAAUUCGCCAUACUUCUACCGCGGAGAACUCCCUGAAAUUCACGACGAUGCAGUAUAUGUACCAAAUACACAGUAUUUCACAGAUAACAUCGAUAUAAGCAAUCGAAAAGGAUCUUUCAGGGGAACUUGUUAUCAUUUUAAUUUUCAGACAUUUCUAACCAAGCGGGCAUGUAAAGAAAUGAGAAGAAGGGGGAUGAUUAGGAAGGAUAAGCGUUUUAAAUUUCUCAGCCACAAAUGGCAUCACUUUUGGAUGAGUUCAGAAAAUUAUGAACGAAACUCAAGUAUAAAUAUAAGAAAGAUUGCUCCAAGAUCCAUUAUAUAUAGAGAGUAUGAUAAUACUUCGGCUCGUUGAGAGAAUGCCUUACAGAGGAAAGAGAAUUUCGUGAACAAGAUACGACUUGCACGUUUAUCACGGACCCAACUACGUGGAAUAAAUACAACUUCAAUGUUAAGUAUUCGUUUUUUCAACGAAACGAAGAUUUCAAGGUUUUAAAAAAGAUAUUAGUUUAGUGUAUUUUUAUGACUACUUUAAAGGUCCAUUACUAAAACCCGAACGAGUAUUAUAUGAAAACCAGAGUUUGUAGCUGAGACUUCCUAUUUACUGAAAAUAUGGCCCACUGCAUCGGUUCUGACCAAAUAGUCAUGAAUAUGUUCAAGAAUAACUAACAAAUAAACAAAAAAGGUUGCCUAUGUCAAACCGAAAGUAUGCUUUCCGACUGCUUACGAACCUGUCGAGAUUCUUCGGACUUUUUCGGAAGAAUCCUCCGAAACGAGGCUAUAAUUUAUAAAUAGAUGCAAAAUAUAUCAUAUGCCCAAACGACGUGAUUUUUACAAACUUAGCACAUGGAAUUCAAAAAUUUUGUAACUCACAAAAACUUCAUGAAAAUCAUUCUUAUAAUACAGGUAAUAUACAGCUAUACUACAAGUUUUCAUAAGGACAAUUCAGGCCCUUCCCGAAUAAAAGUGUUGUUACAACUUCGUCUGUAAACUUUUUCAGUUAAUCUCUUUUCAGUAUAAUUUUAAGAAUAUAAAUGAGUAACUGUCUUACACUGCAGAAACAAAGUAUGAUUGAAAUUUACCUAAAUACACUUAUUUAUGUACACAUGGCUACAUUAAUUUAAUAAGAUUUUAGACAUUAAACACAUUGUCUUGGCCUAAUAUAUGUCACUGUCAAUUUUAAAUUUAAAUUUUGUACAUCUCAUAUUUUUCGUGCAUGUCGUGCAUAAUUACCAUCAUGGAAAUACUGUUAUUUUGUUGCGCGUCUUAAAUGGAUAUUCGUUUGAAACAAUCUUAAAAUCACGUGAUCCCGAAGAAUUUCCGACCGAUUACGGAAAAGCGAUAAACACGAAGGUAGGACAAAAAGACCCCCCAUGUCAGUCUAAGAAAAUACAGAAACAAUCAUUUGUUUCUCUGUACAUGUGUUGAUUUCAAGGGAAUAUUGCACGGCUAUCGUAAUGUUUAGUACUAUAUUUCAAAAUGUGUAGUCUUUUUUUAAGAUUUAUGUCUAUUCAUUUGUCUUUAUUUUGCACCUUUAAUAGACGGACACUCAAAUUGCAAGGCUUGGUUUUAAUUUAGUCUUAAGUUCUUUAGAGUUUACAAAAAAUGUUGUGAGAUAAACAAACACGACAUUUAAAUUUUUACCUUUAUAUUACAUUUGUAUGACUAGGCGAACUGAGAACUGCUUUUAGAGAUAAAUUUUAAGUUAUUGUA